ACGAUAAAUAAUUCACUGACGUGUUUCUACUUGCUAUAUAGACACUCAUGUGAAGCCAAUGCAUACCUGCUCUUCUGACAACAACUACCAAGAUCACACCAGAUAAUAACCCUGAUGGCACGCUGGGCGCUGAGACGUUUUCUUCGUGAACAAUGGACGACUCUUCCAUUGCCGUUACCUCAAGACUGUGAAAGUCUACGGCCAAAGUCUAUAGUUCUUGUCGGCGCAAACGUAGGGCUCGGGUUUGAAGCAGCUGUUCAUCUUGCGCGUUUGAAGCCUGCGCAGUUAUUACUUACUUGCAGAAAUCCGGACAAGUGUGAGGUCACUAAAACACUGGUCGAACAACGAUCUCGCUCAGACGGUGUACAACAAGAGUCCCCUAUUUCCUUGGAUAACAUUGAAUCAUGGCCGUUGGAGCUGGACUCGUUUGAGUCUGUAAAGGCCUUCGUUGCCAAAUUUGAGGCAGAAAGUAGAAGUCCCAACGUCCUCGUCGCAAAUGCGGGCGUGGCCCUUAACAAGUAUACAAAAACUCAAGAUGGGUGGGAGACUACGUUGCAAGUAAAUCACUUGUCUACAGCGCUCUUGAGCAUCUUGAUGCUUCCCCACCUCAUCCGCUCGUCCACCGAGACAUCCCAGUCUCGUUUAGUAAUUGUCUCGAGCGAAGCACAUUAUUUCACCAAAAUAAGCAAGCUUGAAGGCCCUCGCGACUGCCCGAAUAUCCUGAAAAUGCUCAGCUCGGAGAGCUACUGUACUCCAGCGGUUAUGGAGGAUAGAUACAAUUUGUCAAAAUUCCUGGAAAUAGUAUUUGUGCGCGAACUUGCUCGUCGUCUUCGCAAUGGAUCGCGCCUAAGCGUCUGUGCUGUACAUCCAGGGUUCUGUCACUCUGAGCUCACUCGCCAUGCAUCUUUGUCCUUCCGUUACCUAGUAUCUAUAGGCAAGGCUCUUUUUGCCCGCUCUACGGAGAUGGGUAGUCGCACACUCUUACAUGCUGCUGCUGCCUCUGGCGAACAAGAGAGGCAUGGUCAUUAUAUAUCCAGUUGUGAGGUUGUAGAAGAGCAUGAUUGGCUAUUGAGUGAAACAGGCAGAAAGUGGAGUGAUAGAAUCUGGAACGAGACUAUCUCGAUACUUGCGCAUGCGGACCACAGAAUCAACAGCAUUGUAACUGAAUAUUUGGUGGAUCCCGGGAACUGAGUUGCGAGAUACAUAUCAAACAUGCUCAUUAUAUCCCAGUGUCUGUGCAGUACCUUGUGUUUAUGUGUAAUGAACUCAAGUUUAAAGUG